CAGGCAGAGUAUAAAAGGGGGGAGCAGUGGGAGAAGACUUGUUUUUCUUUAAGAAGCUGCAGUAACUUGGAGCUGAGGAGAACGAAGGCAAUUUUAACCAGAAGCAGAUCGGGGCAGUGAGGAGGCACCACAGUGAUGUGGGCGUGCCUCAGCCUUCUCCUCCCUCUCUGCCUGCUCCAUGGGGGCAGAGCAGAGAGUGAGGGGGUUGGGCCUCGCUGUCAACUGCCGCCAGCCUGGAACAUAGGGGAGGUGGAGCCCAUGAAGGGGACAAUGGGCCAGGUGACGGUGGUGGCUCUUUUGCAGGCCAGCUGCCUGUUCUGCCUGGUGCAGGCUUCCAGAAUGGACAGCCUGCACCAGAUGAUGGAGAGUCAGGGCCUGAAGAAUGUGGCUUACAUGGUGAUUAACCACCAGGGGGAGCAAGCACAGCUCCUGCACCCUAUGCUGGCACAGAGAAUGUCAGAGAACAUCACACUGUACAAACAGGACCAGCAACAGGUUGAUGUCUGGAAGACACUGGGUGGACAAAAAGAUGACUUUCUCAUUUAUGACAGAUGUGGCCGUCUCACCCAUCACAUUUCUCUUCCAUACUCCAUCAUUGGACAAGGCCAUGUUGAGGGCGCCAUCAGAGAUACUUACUGUAAUCGCAUAUGUGGGGACUGCACACAUGAGAGCACUGAAACACCAGAAGAGUGCAAAGGGAAAGCAGAUGUACAGCCUGAUGCGGAUGGUACCCCAGCUAUAGAGCACAACACUGGACAUGGUCACCAUCAUGGACAUCACCAUGGUCAUGGCCAUGGCCACCAUGGGGAUAAUAGCGGUUUUCAUCAUGGUCAUGGCCAUGAUCAUAACCAUGGCCAUCACCAUGGAGGUGAUGAUGUUGCUGGCCAAGGCCAUGACCAUAGACAAGUUGGUGGGGUGUCACAAAGGCAAGAACAUUUUGAUUUAGGCCAGAUGCAGCAAGCCGUGCUCACUCAACAGAUGUUACAGGAGGCCCACAGAGCCCCUGUAAGACCUUGAGCAUCAGAGAGGGCAAGGUGAAAGUCAAAGCACAGCUGACAGUGGACAGCAGGCUCUGACAAUGAAGCCUCUCCUAAGAUCAGCUGAUGCUGACACUGACGCAGGCUGUUUGGCGAUGCAGGGAGUGAACAGCCGGUCGGUCUCUGACACUGUAAUGAGGCGCUGCCCGCCUCCUGACAGUGACACGGACUGAUUGGUGAUGCAGCCAGUAAUGUUAGGGAGACCUGACAGUGACGCACACCUCCUGCUGACUGACAGCAGCCUCAGCCAAACCAAUGAGCCUGACCCCCAGGUGUUGUGAGCUGAGGAUGAGAACAGCUGUAAGCUGGCUCUGAUAACAGUUUCACAUUAACACCAGCCAACACCUUCAGGGCCAAGUGCUCUUUUUUUACCAACAAGUAUUACCCUGGGAGAGGGCGGGGCACUUCCUGACAGCAUGGAUAUUGGACAGAUAAACAAGUGAACAAGUGGAGUCACACUAAUAAAGAUCAAAUAAGGUAGCUAACUACAUCAGCUAACUUGAGUGUGUCUUAAAGAAUAUAUGUUGUGUUUCACCAUGUCUGUCAGUGGAUUGCUCGCAUCCUUUCUCAGGAGUGUCUGUGGUUGUCAUGUUCAUAAACUGCCUUCUCCAUUUUGCUCUCUCCAUCCUUUAUGAAACCAGGUGCAGAAACUAUGUUCUAGUGGCGUCUGUAUGAAAUCAGGCAGGAGAGAGAGGAGAGGGUAAUUUCAGAACAUGAUAAAGACUUAAAACACUUUCACAUUCAGUAUGAAAGAAUAUUUGAAGAAACAAAAAAAAUCUGAAUUGACAAAUUCUGCAAAAAAACAAGCAAUUAAGGACUAACAAGAUAAGAUAAGACACCAUUAGCGUACAUUAGAGUCUUUGAAUUAGGUAAUUAACAGAAAGAAGGUUAAAGUUAAUUCUACAUUUUUGUUGCGGAAACCCUGACCCAUUACUGGGACAAAAGUCAUGUGCUUGUCUGUGGGGCAUGCUACUGAUCAUUGUUAUAGAGGACAUAUAAGGACAGCACUGACCCUUAAUGAUUUAUCUUUUUUUUUAUACUUGUUGUCAAAGUAAACAAGCUUAAACAUGUCUCAAGUGUAUCUUUUUUCCAUUUCCAACAUGCACAGUUUAAAUGGUGAAUAUCUGGCAUUCCUUUAUAUUUUUGUUGGCAUUUGCUAAAUUUGCAAUGUAGGCUGUAAAUUUUAUGUUUAUACAAGGCUUCUUUAAAAAAUAUAAAUGUCUAUUGUCUGGGAAAUAGCUGUUAGAAUAUGCUUUGUACUUAAUGAUGGUUUCUGUGGAAAGGUUAACAGUCCACAUGAACACCUGAUGCUUGCAUAGAGAACUGUAUUGUGAUAAGUUUGUCAAACAUGGAAACUGAAAGCUGAAUAAAAAUGGUUGAGUUACU